AUGGAAGUAUUGGAGCAAAUCGGUGAGCUAAAGCAAGUGACCCCAAACGAUGGCCAGGUAAUGGUCGAUGAGAUUGUCAAUGGGAUCUUUGAUCGCCGAAAGGGCAUGGCCAACAUCUCAAGUUCGCGAUGCUCGAUCGGUGAGGAAUUCAGAGAUUCGGAGGAAAUGGAUAAACGCCUCAAACAUUGGCAGGACACUUUGCGUGGUCGUGCCCGAAUGCAGGCUAAAAUAUCACGUAAGACCGGUCGCCGGCCCGAGGAGAUGCUCUUCAAUAUGCCCAUCACCGUGGAACAGCGCGACAAGGGCACCAUCCAGCGUCUGAUGGACUAUGCUACUCGUCUGAAUCCCAUUACUCUGAAUGAGAAACAAUACGGCGUGCUGCCCGGACACUAUAAUGAGGAGCAGUGCGUCUGUAUUCCGGAGGUGCGGGAGACGGUGCCCAAGGCGGAGCUGGCGAUUGAGGCUAAUGUGGAAAUAAGUGGACUAACCAAUGCUACGAAAAGGGAAAUACUUGGCUCCAAGCACGAUAUGAAUUCGCGUAAGAUCAAGGAUCGCAGCAAAUGGCUAAACUCUGAGGUGCUGGAAGAGAGCAUCGAACAAAAGGCUCAGGAUAUUAAGCGUGUGUUGGAAUACUUUCCGGACUUAGACAACCUAGAAGUAGUUGGCAAUAAUCCUCUGGCAGAAAUCAAAUGGGAUCACGACUCGGAUAUAGAUCUAGUGCGCAAACAGUCACUCUUUUCCAUAAGCAGCAUAACCGACUACUCUAGCCUGAAUGACCAGAAAGUAGAGGAAAACGAGGAAAUACCAUCUUCACUGUUGAUUUUCGAGUCGGCACCCAUUAACAUUGGCCUAAAGAUCAACGAGCGGACAUUUAUAAUGAAUGAUCGACCCUCGUACAAUAUGGAAGUGACGGUAUAUUUUGAAUGCACACCCUUCGAACGCCAACUGAAGCAAGUGAUGCGCCUUGAGAACAUUGGUCGUCGAGUCCUCGUUUGCGAAUGGCAGGCAUUGGAUGUACACAAGCGUACGUCUAAGGUGUUUAACUCAUGUACCGCCUGCUUCUUUUUUAAUCACAGCAGAGUAAAGAUUCUGCCAGGCGAAGUGCACGUCGUCAAUGUCCUCUUCAAUCCACACAUGGUAUUUUCACGCAAACAGCGCUGGGAGCUGAAAAUCUUUCCGAACAUCUUUUGCAGCCGUCGCAAUUCGGUCAUCUUGCAGAUGUACGGUAAGUGCGUGCCGCCGCCGGAGUACCUGCAGAAAAUCAACAGGCAGCUGCGGAAGGUCAUCGACAAGGCCAAUGAUGAGGCACUCAAAAGUAUGGUUACCCACCAAGCGGAGCUGGUGCCACUGAUAACGCCAGAUGAGCGCGUCUGUCCCUAUGAGCGGGCUUUUGAUGACCGCGAGGUGUUCAAUUCCCUGAAUGUGGGCUACCAUUGUGAACGCUUUGAUGAUCUUGAGGCGCUGCGCGUUUUACACAACGUCUUGAAGCUACCACGUGAGCCGCCCUGGGAUUUGCGCUUGGAGACCAUCAAGGAGCUCAUAAUGCGCAUGCCCGAGGUGAAGAAGCGUGAGGUUUAUUUUCAGAUCUUUCUCGGCAUGCAGGAGCCGCUCUUCUGCAGCACCGAUGCGGCCCUAACGCACUUCGAGCACAAUAGCGAGCGGGAAAGGUCGCGCUUAAUAUACGUUCGCGGAUGCAUUGGCAAUGGCAUCGAGGAGUGGGAGGACCUGAUGCUUUCCCUAGAGCAAAGCUGCUUCAAAUCGGAGCUGGCCCUCUUCUAUGCACAGCUCGCCAGGGAGUCGAAAUCAGAGGAGCAUGGCUCCUCCGAUGAGGAAGAGACCAAGCCCUGGCGUCUUCAGCUAAAAUAUCUGCAGCCUGAGGUGUAUGUGCUAAAAACAAUGCGUGGCAAAAAGUACUUUAGGGACUCGCUCUAUAUUCACACUUACACUCAGCUCUGCGACAUAGCCGAGAAUGUGGUAUCCGUUAUCGAGAGCACCGAGUAUAUUUAG